AUGGCUCUCUCGCUGCAAGCCAGCUCCGCCGUUCCGCUGCGCGCAGCGUUCAAGCAGGAACGCGCGCGCGAUGCCACGUCAGUGAGCGUGGCAUUUGCUCCGCGAGUUGCGACGACCAACGCCAGCCGUUCGUGCGUUCGUAGAGGAAAGGCGACCGCGCAGCGACGACAAUGGCGGUCGCUGAAGGUUGCGGCGUCAUCCGCGACAAAGACAGCAGAACCCGUAGUGGAGGAAUCGACCGUGCUGCGUGUGAUUAUAUCGGGGGCUCCGGCCUCGGGAAAAGGCACACAAUGCGAGGAGAUUGUUAAGAAGUACGGCUUGGCGCACAUAUCAACGGGCGACCUGCUGCGGGACGAGGUGGCGCGCGACACGGAGAACGGCAGGCAGGCCAAGGCGUUCAUGGACGCGGGGCAGCUCGUGCCUGACGACCUCGUCAUCAGCAUGGUGCAGGCGCGUCUAUCCCAGCCGGACGCGCGGACCAAGGGGUGGCUGCUGGACGGCUUUCCUCGCUCGCCCGCACAGGCACAGGCGCUCAUGGAUGCUGGGGUGGUGCCAGACGUCUUCCUGCUGCUGCAGGUGCCGGACAGCAUUCUGGUGGAGAGGGUGGUGGGGCGCAGGCUGGACCCGCACACCAACCGCAUCUACCACCUCACCUUCUCCCCUCCCGAGAGCGAGGAGGUUCGAGCGCGGCUCAUCCAGCGGUCUGACGACACGGAGGAGAAGGCGCUAGCGCGGGUGGAGGUAUACAAGCAGCACGUGACGCAUGUGGUGAAUGCAUACAGGGAGAAAUUGGUGGAGGUGAACGGGCAUCGAGGCAAGCACGAGGUGUUUGCUGACAUCAGCAGCGCUCUGGACAAGGCCAGGGCAAACAAGGAGGGGGCACCAGCAGCAGCGGAAGAGGGCACGUGGAGGGGCAUGCCAACGCGGCUGAACGACAUCCCUCACAGCCGGGAGAUUCGGCAGUACUUUUAUGAUGACGCCUGCUCCGCUGCCGUCAACGCCGUCGCAGCCGGGAAACAGCGCAUCAAGCUGGAGUGUCUAAUCCCAGAGCUCAACCCCCAAAUGGACGUGUACCGCAUUGGCACGCUGCUGGAGCUCAUGAGGGAGCUGGCGUUCACCUUUGCACGCAAGGGCAAGCGCGUUAAGGUGUGUGUGCAGGGCAGCAUGGGGUCGGGCAUAUUCGCGGGCAUGCCGUUGCAGCUGGCGGGCACGCGCAGGCUGUUGGAAGCCAUGGACUGGGGAGAGCAGCUCAACGACAAGAUUGUCCUCGGCUCUGUUGGAGCUGCUGAGGUGGCGCCAGAGGAUGACGUGGUGGUCAUCAUGGCUCCUCAGAAUGCGGUCGGAAACUGCAUCCUGGAUGAUCUGCAAGCCAUGGUGGAGGCAGCAGCACCGCGGCCUGUCAUCAUCCUCAACCCGCGCCUCAAGGACCUACCGAGUGCAGCGGGGGUUAUGCAGGUGGCGGGGCGGGCGGAGCGGGUGGCAUUCACCGACACAUUCGAGCUCUGCUACCUCAUGCGCCUGCUGUACCUCUCGGGCACGCAGUACCCGAUCCUCGGUGCUCUCAGAAUGCGCUACCCGGACCCCUAUGAGGUGUACAAGCGAGUGGACGUGUCGUUUGGAGUGGAGCGAUACGACCUCAUGGCCUCGCUGCCCUCCCUGCCCACCUCCGCUGACAUCAGCGACGCCUUCGCUGGCAAGACGCCAAGAUCACAGGCACAACCGGAAGGCAUCUGGGGCUGGCUCUCCAAGGUCUUCUGA